AAGCAUGGAGGAGAGAUGCAUCACAUCAAGUGCAAGAAUCCUGUUUCCUCUACUGAGUCCAACCUCCAUUCCCUGUCACUGCCACCGCCAAUGGAGCCUCGAAUUGUACUGAUAACGGGGUGCUCUUCAGGGAUUGGGUUGGCGCUGGCUGUGAAGUUGGCCAAUGAUGAGCAGAGACGUUUCAAGGUCAUUGCCACCAUGCGCAACCUGGCGAAGAGAGAGGCCUUGGAAGAAGCUGCAGGAGAUGCCCUCAAUGAUACCCUAGAGAUUAAGAAGCUGGACGUUUGCAGUGAAAGCUCCAUCAGAGAAUGCAUGGAUAGCCUCCCUGGGAGGCAUGUGGAUAUUCUCAUUAAUAAUGCAGGUGUGGGUUUAAUUGGACCCAUAGAAUGCCAGUCCAUAGACGAUAUGAAAGGAGUCUUCGAGACCAAUUUCUUUGGGGUGGUAAGAAUGAUCAAGGAGGUCCUGCCUGACAUGAAGAGAAGAAGAAGCGGCCAUAUUGUGGUGAUCAGCAGUGUGAUGGGUCUCCAAGGCAUCAUGUUCAACGAUAUUUAUGCUGCUUCCAAGUUUGCAGUUGAAGGAUUCUGUGAAAGCUUGCUGUACCAGGCCAUGAAAUUUGAUAUCUUUCUCACUCUUGUAGAACCAGGUCCGGUGGUGACGGAGUUUGAGCUGAAAACUAAUGAGGAAGCAAUGCUUGGCGAUUACUCCAAAACUGACCCAGAGACAGUGGAGAUGUUCACUAACUUUUACUUGAAAAACACAAAGGCCAUCUUCUCCAGUUUAGGCCAGACACCCGCGGAAGUUGCCGAGCAUGUUCUUCAUGUCAUCACAAUGGAGGAACCUCCGUUUCGGCACCAGACCAACCAGGUUUACACCCCUGUGACGGCACUGAAAUACGCCGACCCUAGCGGAGAGCUUGUCAAUGACAUUUUGUACAAAUUGGUUUUCCACCAUGAUACCCUCAUGCAGGCCAGCCUCCAGGCGAUAAAAUUUAUACGCUGGAAAGCCAACAAAGUCCAACAAGGAGCAAGGAUGCUGGGUCUGAUUUAAAUUAUGGACAUUCAUCAGUCUCUUCCUUGGGCGGGGUUUGUUCAUGAACAUUAUAAUGGGGUAUCCUAACCAUUCAAAACCUUUAAGCAUCAGUCUGGUUCACAUGUGCAACUUGGUAUCUCAGAUACUUACAGAAGAUUUAGACAUCACAAACGGGUAAGCCAAAUGUCUGGCUUGCUCCAUCUGUAUUUAUCCCUGUGCAUCUUGGGUGAAGUUCAACAAGGUAUUAGGGAGAUAAAAAAGAAAGCUGUAGCACACAUAUUUGCCUUUCUCUGAAACUAUUCAGGGCAUUUUUGCAGAAACUCCCGACGGGGCUUUAUUUAAAUAAAGUGAUGGCAAUCUAAAGGUUUUCCAGAAAGUUCUCUCAAAGUGCCAGGAAGAAGCCUGUGCUCUGGUUUUGCAUAAGCCAAUGAAUGUUUUACUAAAAAGGGUUUUGUCCCAUGGCAAAUGGAGAGGGGAACUUACUGAAAUACAGCCUGAGAUGGUCACCGAGCUGUGAGUUUCACUUCCCAUUUCCAACCUUAAAAUAUCAACCCUUAAGGCCCUGGGGAGACAACUUGACAUUACAUUACUCCAGUUACUACUGGAGAUAUCUGCAGGCACCUGUACAAGUUAACCUUUUCAGUUCGGAGAGCGAUUGCUCAUUUCGUUUUCUGGAGGCUGAAAACUGUAAAAGUUAGACCAAGAAACUGAGAAACCUACAGGCCUGAAGGGCCCCAACAAUUAUUAUGAACCAGGGCUAUCAAUGCUCUUGUUUCACCCGAUGGGAUUAAUUGUUCUUCAGCAAUAUUCACAUAGAAUACGUCAUUAUUGGCUUCUAGGAGUCCCUGUGGGUGCUUUGAAGAAGGGAAAUUUGAGAGCUGAACUUCUCAAAACACUACUGAUCAGUGUCGGACUGGCCCACUGGGAUACCAGGAAAACUCCCGGUGGGCCCAGGUGUUAGUGGCCCCUCUUGUUU